AUGUCGUUCCGUGGUGGGGGCAGAGGUUUUGGUGGAGGAGACCGAGGAGGACGAGGAGGCGGGUUCGGAGGUAGAGGGGGAGGAAGAGGAGGCUUUGGGGGAGGGAGAGGAGGCUUUGGGGGCGGAGGAGGCGGAAGGGGAGGCUACAAUGCAGGCCCACCAGACACUGUGCAAGAAAUGGGAAGCUUCGUGCAUGCCGUCGAAGGCGAGAUGCUGUGCACUUCGACAGAUGCCAAGCACGUGCCUUACUUCAAUGCGCCAAUCUACUUGGCGAACAAAUCCCAAAUCGGCAAAGUGGACGAGAUUCUUGGACCGAUCAAUGACGUUUUCUUCACAGUCAAGAUGGACGCCGGCAUGGUGGCGACCAGUUUCAAAGCAGAUGAUAAAGUCUUUAUUGGUGGUGACAAGCUUCUGCCCAUCGAAAGAUUCUUGCCCAAGCCAAAGGCGCCUAAGGGUGAAGGAGGUGCCAGAGGCAAGCCAGCUUCUCGCGGAGCUCCGCGAGGUGGAAGAGGUUUUGGAGGUGGAAGAGGCGCACCUCGCGGACGGGGAGGAUCUGGGGGUGAUCGGGGAGGCAGAGGCGGAGGCGGCUUUGGCAGAGGUGCUCCGAGGGGAAGAGGUGGGUUUGGCGGAGGAGCAGGCGGUAGAGGAGGUUUUAGAGGCGGUAGAGGAGGUUAUUGA